AUGGGGGAACUCUUAGCAUGUCGGAUAUGUCUGUCUUCAGACAUUAAGUUAUAUAAUUUUUUUAAAUACAGAUUAGCGGAACCUUUAAGAAUUCUUACCGGAAUAGAAAUAUCAGAGUCCGACGGUCUUCCAUCCCAUAUUUGCAGUUACUGUAGUGCUCUGCUGCUCAAGUCCGUAGCAUUCAAGGAGAAAUGCUGCAACUCUGAGGAACUGCUCAAGUUCUCGUUGAUGGAACACAAUGUGCUGUCUCUAGACUACCUGGAAUCAAUCAGAAAAGAGUUACAACUAACACUACCGUUCUGCACCGUGAUUACCAGGGAAUGUGAUGAAGUCCCUGAAGAUAAUAAUGAUGACUCUGACCUUAUGAUAAAAGAAGAAGUAGUCGAGUCAAGCAGCACAUUAGUCGAAUUUAAAAUUGAGAAUAUAACAGAAUCGUCCGCAGAGAUAAUAAAACCGUAUAGAAGAAUCAAGAGAGAGAAAGAGAAUGAAGAACUUGACGUUAAAUUCGAAAAUGAAAUUGAAACUGUUGACUUUGAUAAUGAAGAACCAGAUCAGCCAGCCCUGCUAGAUGACAGUGAUGGUCAAGAGGAUCUAGAAGGGAUGAAGGAUAUAGAAGUGGUUAUAUUAACCAAGGAGCAACAAAUAGAGGAGGUUCAAGCAAGGAAGACGUCAGCAAACUACAUAAAUUCCUUUUACAAAUGUGAACAUUGUUACAAGGGUUUCAUGACCGAGUCAACACUUAAAAAUCACAUGCUCAAGCAUGAUCCGAAGAGGGGUGAAUACGAAUGCGACGUGUGCUGGGGUCGCUGGCCGGAACCGCGGUUGCUCCGAUGGCACAUAGUGUCGUCGCACGAGAGGAAGUACAUCUGCAAGCUCUGCGACCACGUCUCCAGGUCGAGCCACCGAGCAAGGGAGCAUAGCAAAUGGCACACCGGAUUUACAUUUGACUGCCAGAUAUGUGGAGCCACCUUUGCGAAAUCAACAAGUCACCUGACCCACAUCAGGCUGCAGCAUCCGUCCAACCACUGCUGUGACGUCUGCGGAGAGUCGUUCAUCGGAGAGUACGGACUCAGGAUGCACAAGACGCGAGCUCAUAAGGACCAAGAGGAUGACGGCGCUAAAGUGGUGCUGCAGUGCGGAAACUGUUCAGCGCAGUUCUUCAACUUGGAGGCCUUGAAGCGGCAUCAAGAGGAAACUGAUGGCAAUAUAUGUCAACCUGAUGUCAGCGCCUGUCCACACUGCGGUGAAAGCUGUUCCUCUGACGAACUACUGAAGGAGCAUAUGAAGUGUCAUCAGAAGGAAGAGUCUGUUCACUGUCAGGAUUGCAAUAGAACGUUCGCGAACGAGCGUUCUCACGCGAUUCACUAUCAACGCGUACACCUGGGCGUAAAGCUAAAGCAGCCGCGCCCGCAUACCGCCAGGCAGCUCAAGAAACCUGCAGACAUGGUCUGCGAGGUCUGCGGCAAGAAGUGCAACACCAAAGCGACACUGAUGUACCACCAGCGGAUCCACACUGGCGAGAAGCCGUACCAGUGCACCCACUGCCCCAAGAACUUCAGCGUCUACCAGCGCCUGCAGAUCCACGUUCGAACCCACACCGGGGAGAGCCCGUACCAGUGCCAGCACUGCCCCAAGGCGUUCAAACACAAGGCCGCUCUGAACAGGCACGAUCGGGUUCACACUGGGGCGAAGCCCUACAGCUGUCCGCAUUGCGGCAAGUCCUUCUCGCAGUCCAACUCCAUGAAGCUGCACGUGAACACGGUGCACCUCAAGAUGCCGGCCCCCUACCGCAGUAAAAAGAACAAGAAAUGA